AUGGAUUUAGAUAUCGUUGACGAUGCGGAGGUAUAUGCCAAUUCUCUUCGGGAUGCACGCAUAGAAAUUAUGAGAGGCAUGAGCAGUACUGGAGACGGGAAACUGGGGGAGAAUUGCCAUCCAUUUCUAAAGGAAGUUGUGGUGGAUGGGAGGCGGCAAGCAGAACAGCAGGCUGCGGUAUUAGCCGCCACGGAAUUUUUUAUUAAUGAACUUCUCACGUGCCUUGAAUGCGGUAUGGUUCUGAAUGGUGUAAAAGAAAGUGAAGCUACGCAAUGGCGCGUGUGGUUUCGCAUAUUUUUGUCUCUCUACGAAGCGUCGCCAGCUCCAACGCAGGCGCAGUGGGAGCACGAGAUGCGGUUACAGAAUUGUGAAACUUACUUCGGCGAAACUCUUGACUCCGGUUCAGAUAAUAAUGACUGGGAUGAAGAAGACGAUGGCUCCAAUGUGGAAUUCCACCUUAGAACAUUGGUCACUCACUGCCUCGCGGCCGCUCGAACCUGGCGUAGGCAACGUUGUGAAGCGGGAAAUACCGAGCUCAUGGCAAAAUUGCAGCGUGCUACGUCUAUUAUGUGCGCCUUCGUGGAACCGCAUUCACUGGACUGGUAG